AUGGCAUGUCCACCUCGUGCCAUUUGGCUUGUGCCUAUCCUGGUCCUCAUCUUGCCAUUCUUGCUGCUGAACUGGAGGACGUCUCCUCCCCGCAUACCUGCCUUCGAACUGCGUGACAGGCACAAUGAAUCUCUGUCCAGCCAGGCUCACGAGUCGCAGGAAGGUUACCAGUUGAGUUCCUACAUCCGACGAGGUGAAAGAGUGUGGUGCAUCCUCAUCGCCAAGCUGUCCGGAAACUUGAACGGAACCGUCUGCAUUGAGCCGAACACGCUGGUUCUCCCCAAGGCUCGAGAAAACUUGGCGAGGAAUGAGGUCGGGGAUGUCCGUGUGGUGAGUGGCUUGGUCGCCGAUGCAUCUCACUGCCCUCACGGAGUGCCAUUCUACGGAGUGGAUGAAGAGCUCCAUGGUGAGACGGGACCUGCAAUACGGCUUCCCCGAGAGAUGUCUUAUGAAGGAAUGAGCUACAACGUUGAGAGCUGUUUCAGCCUGCCGUACUUGGCAUCCUGGUUUGGCACGCCUUCAGUGCUGUUUGCUGAUUGCGAGGGCUGCCUACCAAGCAUCUUCCGGCAGUUCCCAUCUUUUUUCUCCAGACCGGAGCUUCGCAUGAUCAUCUACGAAAUGGAUGGGGACCUCUACUCUUAUAAGAAGCUUCAUGAGGCUCUGGUAGAGGCUGGAUUCAAGAUGUUGGAAUUUGGUUUCGUGUGCGUGUGGUCGCGGAACCUUAUCCCCGUCCUGAACCUAUGGCCGGUAUACCACAAGCUCUUAGCCCCCAGCCUCUUAGCCUUCUUGCUGGAUUUGCUCAUGGCUUGCGCUCUUCCAGCCCGGUUCACCGCCGUGCCAUUCUGGCGUUUCCUUUCCAUCUCUCACUGCAUUGAUGGCAGCCUUUGUGAGCCAGGGGGUUUCUUGACACGCUGCGUGCUGGCGCCGCUGUGUCAGGGCGAUGGGAAGGUGAAGGACUGGCGUCUAUUUGGCGGACUCUAUUACCCGAGCGACUGGGUGACGCCACGACAUGAGCUGUCGAACUGGUCAAAGCACGGCUUUUACACCCUCAUGAAGUGGUUCUUCCUCUUGGCCCUCAUCGCCUGGCCCGCGGCUCUGCGUGCUUCCGAGUCAGAGAAGGCGGCAUGUAGGCACAUGGGCACCAUCUUCAGUGCCAGCCUUGUGGCCGGAUACCUUCUUUCCGAAAUCUGUGGCCAGUUUGGUUAUCCGGGUGAUCCCGAGAUGUUCAUCUGGGUGGUAUCCGUAUUGGCAACGGUAGCACUAUCUGCUUGGGCCAUGCAGUCCGCGCCCCGAAAACCUGCUCGGGAGGAUUCCGGUGCUGUCUGA